AUGCAAAACAUUUGUCUGUGCAUUAUUGAAUGCUUCUCUCUGCAGCUCGCGACCAUCAGAAGUGAAUCGCAUCUGAAGCACCUUCUCCUGCGUUUGCCCAGUUACUGCCCUGAGUCUCUGAGUGAUCUUUGGGUCUGCAUCAACAACACAUUGCCGGGGGCAUCGAAGAAGUCUGACGGAUGGGUGGGUUUGGGCUGCUGUGAGCUGGCCAUCUCCUCCGAGUGCCGCAGGGACUGCAAACAGGCAUCGUCUAGAAAUGACAUCACUAAAGUAUGCAAGAAAGACACCGAGAAACCACUCUACAGCUGUUUCACCAGAAACGAAAUGGGCUCAGUGUGCUGCAGUUAUGCAGGGAGACACACAAACUGCCGUGAAUACUGUCAGGCCAUCUUCCGCACAGACUCGUCUCCGACCGUCUCCCAGAUCACCGCGGUCAAAGAGUACUGCCAGAGCAUCAGUCCUCAGCUCAUCGGCUGCGUGGCCAACUACACCAAAUCCUUCCCCAUCCGGAGCCCCCUCGACAGUCUGUACUGCUGUGAGCGGGCGGAGGAGGCUCACUGUCAGACGGCCUGUAAGCGUAUCCUGCGCACCAUGAGCACGGAGCAGGAGAUCAUGGAGGGUCUGAUCAGUGAGUGUGGCAGUCAGCCGCUCCCUCAGGACCCGCUGUGGCAGUGCUUCUUGGGCAGCGCACACCCGCCCACCAUCAGUGACCCCGAGUCACCCCCCAUCGCCAAGAUGGACUACGCCAAACUGCACUGCUGCUUCAAGGCCAACACCUCCCUGUGCAGGAACAUGUGCUUGGAGAUCAGCACUAACUGGGGCACUCAGACGUGGCAGGAGUUCGACCAGCACUGUGAAUACAACCCUGCUGAGAUGGACCUCAUCACCUGCUUGGCUGACGUCAGGGAGCCGUGUCAGUUAGGCUGCAAAGAGCUCAGCUACUGCACCAACUUCAACAACAGGCCGACAGAGCUGUUCCGCAGCUGUAAUGUUCAGUCAGACCAGGGCGCCUUGAACGACUUCAGACUCUGGUCCAACGGAAGCAUCAAGAUGCCCUUCAUGAACAUCCCAGUGCUGGACAUCAGACGGUGUCAGCCGGACAUGUGGAAGGCCGUGGCCUGUGCGCUGCAGAUCAAACCCUGCUACAGCAAGACCAGAGGAAGCGUCAUCUGCAGGUCGGACUGUGUGGAUAUCCUGACCCAGUGUGGCGAUGGCAAGCGUUUCCUGGAGGGACAGACACCCGAGCGCAUCUGUGACCUGCUGUCAGCCACGGACGAGCCGGAGCGCUGCAUCCCUCUGCACAGAUACCUGACCCCCAGCCCCUUCCAGAACAUCAUAGAAGAAGUCAUCCACCCCUGCAACCCCAGCCCCUGUCCCAGCAACCAUCUCUGUGAAGUCAACAGGAAGGGCUGCCCCGGAUACGACUGCCUGCCCUUCUUCUGUGUCCCCGGCUGUAAGCUGGGGGAGGCGUCUGAGUUCCUGGUGCCAGUGGACAGCCGGAUCCAGGUGCCCACCAGGAGCGGUCAGGUGGGCUGUUACGAGGUGUGCACCUGCGGUCAGAGCGGCCGACUGGAGAACUGCGCUGAAAUGCCCUGCUUCGACACCAGCAUGACCUGCAUCAUAGCAGGACAGCAGAAGAGUCACGGCGUGUCGUUCCGGGUGUACUGUCAGCACUGCUCCUGCUUCGCCGGUGAAAGCAUCUGCUCGUCUCGUCCGUGUGUGCACUCCGACGGCUCCGACCAGGACAGACGGCUCUUCACAGGGCUCCCCUGCGGCUGUGCCGAUCAUUUCGUGCCGGUGUGUGCUCUUAACGGACGCACGUAUCCCAGCGCCUGUGUGGCCCGCUGCGUCGGCUUCAGGGACAACCAGUUUGUGUUCGGCUCCUGCAGGAGCAUCGACCCCUGCUCCCCGAACCCCUGCCAGAGGAGCCAGAGGUGUGUCCCCAGGCGUCAGGUGUGUUUGACAGAGCUGUCUGAAUACCCCUGUCCUCAGUACGAGUGUGUUUCCCGUCCGGCCGGCUGUGAUCAGAACCAGCUGGAUCCGGUGUGUGACACAGACAGCACUGAACACGCCAAUCUGUGUCUGCUGUUCCAGCGGAGCAAGAGCCUGGCCUACAUGGGACACUGUCAGGACGCCUGCAGGAGGCCCAGAGAGGUGUGUGGUCAUAACGGUGAGACCUACAGGACGGUGUGUGAAGCGUUCUCGGACCGCGUGGCGGUGGACUAUCAGGGUCGCUGUCAUGCGGUCGGUGUGGGGUCAGAGUUCACGUCAGACUUGGGCUGCAGCGCUGUUUCCUGUCCUCCGCUCUCCAGCCGCGUCUGUAACCCCGUCACGCCGCCCGGUGCGUGCUGUCCGGUGUGUGCAGGUCUGCUGCAGAUCCUCUGGAACGAAGCGCAGAUGAACACCUUCGCCAAGCUGAACCGGAAUCAGCCGGUGACGGUCCAUGACAUCCUGAAGAUCUUGCGGCUGCACAUCUCUGUCCCUCAGUGUGAUAUCUUCGGCUAUCUGAGCAUGGACUCUGAGCUGGUGGUCCUCGUGGUGCCUGUGGAUCAGCAGCCCACGCCGCUGCAGAUCGAAGCCUGCAGUAAAGAGGCAGAGAAGAUCGACUCUCUCAUUAACUCGGCCAGCCCAACACUGAGCUCACACGUGCCUCUGGCGGCCUUCCUUCACUCCGAGCUCCAGCUGUCCACCAUCAGCUCGACCGCACGGCCCUCGCUCUCCCUCUCCCUCUGUGUCUUCAGCUCCUCGCUCCUGCUGUCUGUCGCAGCGACCCUGCUCUGCUCCUAGCCGCCCGCUUGACCUCUGACCUCCGGGGUCACCGCUGCUGACUGUCUCUCAGUGUUAAGGACUUCCUGAAGGAAUCGGAGCUGGGGUCUCACCCAGAGACAGAUAUAUUAUAUUUUAUUGUUCCUGUAAUGUCAAUCAGUUUUAUAAAAAACACAAAAGAGGAACCCAGCCAUGUAAACAAAUAUGACAAUCACACUGCUUAUCCUUAAAGUGGUAAACACACUAUGCCUUGCUUAUAAAUUUAUAAAUAUAUAAAUAUAUGUGUAUAGAUUUUUUUUAAAUGAUGUAUUGCAAAACCAAACGUUUAUGUUGAUAAAAGAAGCAAAAUGUUCUAUUUUGAGAUGAUCAGGUGCCAUUUGAAGAUGAUUGACAGCUCUGUACUAAGUGUGUGUGUGUGUGUGUGUGGUGUGCGUGCAUGUGUGCGUGCGUGUGUGUGUGCGUGUCUGUGUGAUUGUCUGUUAGUGAGUGAGUGUGUGUGUGUGUGUGUGUGUGUGUGUGUGUGUGUGUGUGAGUGUGUGUAAGUGUGUGUGAGUGACUGUAUGUGUGUAUGUGUGUGUGUGUGUUUACGGGCCGCCCGUCCCAGACAGUAUUAUUUGGCUUUGGCAGCUGUGUAGCAUGAUGGGACGGCCUUUCUGUGUCUAACUCUUCCAUGUAUAUUUUUAUAUGAUGAUAACAAAUGUGAUCAUAUUACUGAAGGAUUUCAUCAGAAUGUUCUAGUCGAUCUCGAGGCUGAGACUAUAAUCAGAAAGUCACGUACACUCUCAGUCAAAGGUUUUGGGUCAAAGAUAUUUUUGAAAGAAAAUAAUACUUUUAUUCAUCAAGCAUGAUUUAAAUUGAUCAAAAGUGACAGUAAAGACAGUUAUAAUGUUCCAAAGAAUUAUAUUUCAAAUAAAAUCUGUUCUUCUGAA